ACGCCUUUAUAUAUACUUGCUUCGUGUCUCGGCUACUAUACGCGCGUCUUCUUCACUCUACAAAAAUCUUAGUGCUAAUUAAUCUCUCACUAAUCGCUCCUUAAGAAAAUCGGGGAAAAAUCAAACGACGACGACGACGAUGUUGCAACACGUACACGCAUAGCUACUUUAAUCAUCUGAGCGUAACGCCAUUGCAGUAAACACAAAACGGCGAAGCAACUGGUGAUUCAGAAGCUGAAGCAAAGAAGAUAAAAAAAAGUAAAUUCGUGAUUAUAUAUAUUAUAUAUAGAUUGAUUUUUGGAAAUAAAAGCAAAAACUUAAACCGAUCUCGAGAAAUUAAAUGAUGGAAAUUGCGGAGAAAAUGGUUAGAGGAAGGAAGAUGGAGACGAUUCUGCUUAUUCUUCUUGUUCAGUUAGUGGCGGCGGCGAUGGCGGCGAAUGUGACUUACGACCACCGUGCUCUUGUAAUCGACGGGAAGAGGAGGAUUCUGAUCUCUGGCUCCAUUCACUAUCCUCGUAGUACUCCUGAGAUGUGGCCAGACCUGAUACAGAAAUCUAAGGACGGUGGCUUGGACAUUAUAGAGACGUACGUUUUCUGGAAUGGUCACGAGCCGGACAAAAAUCAGUAUAAUUUUGAAGGAAGAUACGAUUUAGUCAAAUUUGUGAAGCUUGCUGCUAAAGCUGGUCUCUAUGUUCAUCUACGAAUUGGUCCGUACGCUUGCGCGGAAUGGAAUUACGGUGGUUUCCCAGUGUGGCUACAUUUUGUUCCUGGAAUUAAGUUUCGGACUGAUAAUGAACCAUUUAAGGCAGAAAUGCAGCGAUUUACUGCCAAGAUUGUUGAUUUGAUGAAGCAAGAAAAGCUAUAUGCAUCACAAGGAGGCCCAAUCAUUCUCUCUCAGAUUGAGAAUGAAUAUGGGAAUAUUGAUUCGGCUUAUGGUGCUGCGGGUAAAAGUUAUAUGAAGUGGUCUGCUUCUAUGGCUCUUUCACUAGAUACUGGUGUACCAUGGAACAUGUGUCAGCAAGGAGAUGCUCCUGAUCCCAUUAUCAACACAUGCAAUGGUUUCUACUGUGACCAGUUUACUCCUAACUCAAACAAUAAACCUAAGAUGUGGACUGAGAACUGGAGUGGUUGGUUCCUUGGUUUUGGGGAACCUUCACCUUACAGACCAGUCGAAGAUCUUGCGUUUGCAGUUGCUCGGUUUUACCAAAGAGGUGGAACUUUCCAGAACUAUUACAUGUAUCAUGGUGGAACAAACUUUGAAAGAACAAGUGGAGGACCAUUAAUCUCUACUAGCUAUGACUAUGAUGCACCAAUUGAUGAGUAUGGUCUUCUUAGACAACCAAAAUGGGGACACUUAAGAGAUCUACACAAGGCUAUCAAGCUUUGUGAAGACUCGUUGAUUGCCACUGAUCCAACUAUUACUUCUUUGGGAUCAGGUUUGGAGGCCUCUGUCUAUAAAACAUCAUCUGGAUCAUGUGCUGCUUUUCUUGCAAAUAUUGGCACAAAAUCCGAUGUAACUGUGACUUUCAAUGGAAAUUCAUAUCACUUGCCUGCAUGGUCCGUAAGCAUCUUGCCGGAUUGCAAGAAUGUAGCUUUCAACACAGCAAAGAUAAAUUCUGCAACUGAGUCUACAACAUUUGCUCGUCAAUCAUUGAAGCCUGAUGGUGGUUCAUCUGCGGAGUUAGGUUCUCAAUGGAGUUACAUUAAAGAACCUAUCGGAAUUUCUAAGGCUGAUGCAUUCUUGAAAGCUGGAUUGUUAGAGCAGAUAAACACAACAGCUGAUAAAAGUGAUUACUUGUGGUACUCGCUGAGGAUGGAUAUUAAAGGCGAUGAGACUUUCCUUGAUGAAGGAUCUAAAGCCGUCCUUCACAUUCAAUCCAUUGGUCAAGUGGUCUAUGCUUUUAUAAAUGGAAAACUUGCCGGAAGUGGAAAUGGCAAACAGAAGAUAUCUUUGGACAUACCGAUUAAUCUUGUAACCGGGAAGAACACAAUUGAUCUCCUUGGUGUGACUGUAGGGCUUGCGAACUAUGGAGCUUUCUUUGACUUAGUGGGAGCAGGAGUAACCGGUCCUGUGACACUUAAAAGCGCAAAAAGUGGUAGCUCAAUCGAUUUGUCUUCACAACAAUGGACUUAUCAGGUUGGACUCAAAGGAGAAGACUCAGGUUUAGGAACUGGAGAUUCUUCUGAAUGGGUUUCAAAGUCUCCAUUGCCUACUAAGCAGCCACUGAUUUGGUACAAGACAACAUUUGAUGCUCCUUCUGGGAGUGAUCCAGUAGCGAUAGACUUCACUGGUACAGGAAAGGGUAUUGCAUGGGUUAAUGGACAGAGCAUAGGUAGGUACUGGCCAACUAGUAUCGCAAGAAACGAUGGUUGCACAGAUUCUUGUGACUAUAGAGGAACUUACCGUGCAAACAAAUGUCUCAAGAACUGUGGAAAACCUUCACAAACAUUGUAUCACGUGCCUCGCUCGUGGAUAAAACCUAGCGGGAACAUUCUUGUUCUGUUGGAAGAAAUGGGAGGAGAUCCGACAAAGAUAUCAUUCGCGACAAAACAAACAGGAAGCAACUUGUGUUUGACGGUGUCUCAGACUCAUCCAGCGCCGGUGGACACGUGGACUUCUGAUUCCAAGAUCCACUCCAAGAUCUCAAACCGAACCAGACCGGUUCUUUCUUUACAAUGCCCUGUCUCCACUCAAGUGAUAUCUUCUAUCAACUUUGCAAGCUUUGGUACACCUAAAGGUACUUGUGGUAGCUUUAGCCACGGCCGUUGCAGCAGCUCUCGGUCUCUCUCGAUCGUCCAAAAGGCGUGUGUUGGGUCGAGGAGUUGCAAUGUUGAAGUCUCGACUAGAGUCUUUGGAGAUCCUUGUCGUGGCGUCGUCAAGAGCUUAGCUGUUGAAGCUUCUUGUUCAUGAUAGCACGGUUCUUUUAUCUCCGCAGAUUUGAUCUGAUAUUCAAAAAAAGUAUGUAAUUGUUGAAAGUAAAAGCAAAUGAAAUGGAUAAUAAUAUAAGUCUUUGUUCAAUCCAAAUAAAUUUGGCUGCAAUCAAAAAAUAUUUCUUUUGAG